CUGAAAUGUCAAAUUUCAGUUCAUUUGUCAACGUCAAAAAUGGAGGAAGAUCGUCUUUUUGAUGAAAGAGUUUCAAUUCGAGAAUCAGCUAGACCCUUAAAAAAAUAUGGGAGUACGUGCAAUCAUAUGAAGAGGAACGAAGAAUAUAUUAAGCACGUUAUGGCGAGAGGUGAUACCUUACAGGGACUUGCAUUAAAAUAUGGUGUAACAACAGAGAAGAUACGAAGAGCGAAUAGGUUAUUCGCUACGGACAGUUUAUUCUUGAGGGAGUAUUUGUUGAUCCCAGUUACCAAAGAUUCUCCAUUCUAUGAAAGUGGGGAAAGAGUGACGGAGCCAGCACCCCCGCAGCAUCGAGCGUCGAUAGCUGGCAUGCCCCGGGACUUCUCACCAGGCAGUCCUGAUGAGAAGAAGAGCUUUGACGAGUUCCUAAAUCGAGUGGACUCAUCGCUCGCAGAUAUAAAGAAACAUGUUGAGAAGUCGAAAGAAAAUAGUGAAUUCGUCCGCGACCUAGAAGACGGUUUCGUGCGGCACCGGCCCACGGCCCGCCUCCGCCAGUCAGCCUCACUAGGUGCCUCCACCUCGUACCACGAAGUGAUCCCGCCGCCGCUGCCGCCGCCGCCCGCGCCGCUCACGCAGGGCCGCCGCGUCAACUCCUCGCUGCAGCGGCUGGAGCAGACGCAUGAUGACUUGUUCCAGUUGUAGCGACCGAGCCGGCGCAGAUAUGCGCGCUUCCACUGAGCUGUGUGUGACAUGGUUCUAUCUACGCUGCGCUAUGUGACAUGGUUCUAUCGACGCUGCGACUCUGACGUCCAAUGACGAAAUCUUCGAACUUUCGAGAUCAUACGAGACAUAAAACAUAGUAUCUACGAGUGAUAAGUACUGAAUUUCUCAUAAUGUUAAAUAUCAACAUCCACUAUUCCGGUACAUGAUAAUAAUAGUCUGUAAACACACUAUUUGGCUUAUUUAGAGGAUUACAUUGUACCAAUAUACAUGAUACUACAGUAAUAGUCGGAUCACUAAAGUUGGGCCUAUAAAAUGGCGCAUAUGUAUUUGCCUCUCGCUCUUAUCAUCGAAAAUAGGGCCGUGAUUAGAUUCUCAACUCUAGUGAUUUACCAUAAUACCUAAUUUAUUAUUUAUAGAUACAUUAUCGGAAACUAAUGUAAUGCAUAGAUAACAAUUAUCUCUGUCUGUGAAAUUUGGUUCAUCAUUGAUGGGAUUUAAAUGUUGUAAAAGAAACUUUGAAUAUACGAUUAUGAAUUUAGUGAAUAUGUUCACGUGAUGAUAUCUAUAUUGUACCUACACAGUUGAUAAGAGACAUGGAUAUUUUUGAGGCAGUUCUGUAACAUAAAGUCAAACGUCGGUAUCAUACGUAUGGCACCAAAUGAAUUUUCAUAAAUGUAUACAUGGAGAAACGGUGUCGGCAAUGCUGAUGAAGUGACACUUGUACGAAUUUCUAUACAAAGAAUACUGAAUGCGAUCUGCCCGUUGUGUACAAUGCCGAAAGGCAUAAAAGCAUCCUUACCUUAUUAGUACCUUAAUGUCUGUUAUUCUUACUUACAAGUUGUAACAUUUGUGUGUGUGUUUUUUGAAAAUAUAUAACUACUAUACAGUUAUAACCGCAAUGAAAGAUUUCGAUUUUCAGCGGACUGUACUAGGGGCGCCACUUUGUUUGGAAGAAACGGAUCGAAAACUUACAUAGGUAGUUCACGCAAAACAAAAAAAUGUACUCUAGAAUGUUUCAUGUAUAUACUUUAACGUGUAUUUUUAUGUCGUAAAAGAUUGUUGUUAUUAAAACCCAUAUAUUGGUAAUCUUGUAAAAACCUACACAAAAUUAAGUAUAUUAUACUAUACAUUAAAAAUAAGUAAAAUAAAAUAGUUAACUUUAAACAUGUAUGUUGAAUUCGAAUCUAACUAAAACAUGUAAGUAAUAUGAUGUAAUUUAAGUCACAAACUUGUGUAUAUUAUCUACCUGUAUUGGUACUAGAUAUAUGUAUAAACAUUGCUGUAUUAAAAAGUAGUUUAAAUACAAGUGUAAUAUACAAUACAAUACAUG